AUGGGUUUGUUAACGGAAGGAAGUCCUUUAUCAUGGGAAGAAACCAAAAAACUAUCAGAACACGUCCGAGAACACGGAAUCAUUCAAUUUCUUAACCUAUAUCAACGGUUAAGGGACAGACAAGGAGAUGUUUUAAAGUGGGGCGAUGAAGUGGAAUAUGUAAUCGUUAAAUUUGAUCAUGAAAAAAAGGAAGCAAAACUAAGCCUACGUGCUAAAGACGUUUUAGAUGCUUUACAGAUUAAAGAAAAACAAGAUCCUACUGGUGUUAAAUCGUUAUGGAGACCUGAAUAUGGUGCUUAUAUGAUUGAGGGAACACCCGGAGUGCCUUAUGGGGGUUUAAUGGCCCAUUUUAAUAUUGUUGAAGCAAAUAUGAGAUAUCGUAGAUUGGAAGUACAAGAGUAUUUAAAUCCCGGAGAAUGUGUGUUAACGUUGACAAGUUUUCCAAGGUUAGGAUGUGAUAACUUUACUGAUCCACCUUCAAAACCAACACCAAACGCUGGCGCAACGAGGUCCUUAUUUUUCCCAGAUGAUGCAGUUUUUCCUGGUCACCCACGAUUUGCGACUUUAUCAAGAAAUAUUAGGGAGCGUCGUGGUGAAAAUGUUGUUAUAAAUCUACCUGUGUACAAGGACUUCAACACAAAAAUUCCCGUCGACGAUUCACAUUUAUACAACAAAUCCGCUUUGCCAGAUUGCGUGUAUAUGGACGCAAUGGGAUUUGGAAUGGGAUGUUGUUGUUUGCAAUUAACAUUUCAAGCGUGUAACAUUGAAGAAGCGCGGACUUUGUACGACCAAUUAACUCCUUUAUGUCCCAUUAUGUUAGCUUUAACGGCGGCGUCACCUCUUCAUCGCGGUUUUAUAACCGACGUUGAUUGUCGUUGGAACGUAAUUUCUUGUUCGGUUGAUUGUCGGACGGAGGAAGAACGCGGUUUAAAACCGUUGAAAGAGAAUAAAUUUGUUAUUAAUAAAUCGAGAUAUGAUUCGAUUGAUUCGUAUUUAUCGCCGCAAGGGGAGAAAUUUAAUGAUGUUCCUUUGGUUUACGACCAAGCGAUUUAUGAUAAACUUACCUCAAAUGGAAUCGAUCAUUUAUUAGCUCAACAUGUGGCUCAUUUAUUUAUUAGAGAUUCCGUUUCGUUGUUCUCAGAAAAAGUUCAUCAAGACGAUGAAAACGAUACAGAUCAUUUCGAAAAUAUUCAAUCAACGAAUUGGCAAACGAUGCGUUUUAAACCACCUCCUGGAAACUCAAAAAUUGGUUGGAGAGUUGAGUUUAGACCGUGUGAGGUUCAAAUAACAGAUUUUGAAAAUGCAGCUAUUGUAUGUUUUGUAGUGCUUUUAACGAGGGUUAUUUUAUCCUACCAAUUAAAUUUUAUUAUUCCUAUAAGUAAAGUUGAUGAAAAUAUGCAAAAUGCCCAAAAGAGGGACGCAUUGCGAACGCAACAAUUUUGGUUUAGAAAAGAUAUCACAACCCAAAUUAGCCCACCUGAAGCAAAUCAAUGUUGUAAAGGAACCACAGAUAAAUCACAUUGUGAUAGCUUUGCUUUACUUAGUGUUAAUGACAUUAUCAAUGGAAAAGAAGGUGAAUUUCCUGGUUUAAUCCCAUUAAUUAAUAAUUACCUCAGUGGAAUGGACGUUGAUGCUGAUACACAUUGUACAAUUCAACAGUACUUAAAAUUUAUUCAAAAACGUGCAUCUGGGGAGAUUUUAACAACAGCUUCUUGGUUGAGAUCUUUUGUUACAAAUCAUCCACAUUAUAGGCAAGAUUCUAAAGUAACAGAAAGAAUAAAUUAUGAUUUAUUAAUGACAAUAGAUGGAAUUCAACAGGGUGAAAUAUCAUGUCCUGAACUUCUUGGUGACAUAUUUACGACGAAAACGAAAGAAAGUAUUCCAACGGCACUAACGAAAGAGGCAUGUUGACGAUUCGCGAAAAAAAUAAUUAAAAAUAAAAUUAAAAUUAAUAAAAAAAGGGAAUUUAUAAUAAUUAUAAAGAAUACGUGUAAUAACGGUGUAAAUGUGAUAGAAUUUAAUGAACCAUUGUGGAUAGUUUUCUUUUUUAAUUUUCACACUUACUUUUUAUGUCUUCAAAACUUAAUUAAUUGUUAAACAAAAUUAAAGGAUAAAGAAAACGCAUUUUACUUCUUAAUUAUUGUAUGUUGCUUUUAGAAAAAUAAUUAUGUUGGACAAUAUCUAAUUUUAUUGAAAAAAAUGACGCGUUUUAUACAGUGAUUUUCAAUUGAAAUAUAGUUGCAUUUAUAAUGUUUAUUGACAUUGAAA